AUGGAGGGGGCCGGUGUGCAGAUUCCAGUGGACGAGUCGUACCUCGAGUACGAUUACGAUGCAGAUGAUGCGUCUUUCACGUCCUGCUACUGGGGCUCCGAACUGAGUUGCAAGAGAGGGCGGACGUUAGCGACGACCAUCACGCAGUAUCGAUAUGAGAAUGGGCGGCGGUAUCAUGCCUUCCGAGAUGGAGAAUACUACCAGCCAAACGACGAGAAGCAGUCGGAUUAUGAGAUGAUUGUACAUCAUCUCUGGCUUCUCUCGCUCGACGACAAGCUCUUCCUCGCGCCUCUCAACAACCCACAAAGGAUCCUCGAUGUCGGGACUGGGACGGGGGUUUGGGCAGCUGACAUUGCGGAUAUAUUUCCAGAUUCCGAAAUCAUAGGCACCGACCUCUCCCCAACUCAAACAGCCAUGGCGCCGCCAAACAUCCGGUUCGAAAUCGACGACUGCAACAGCGAAUGGGUGUAUCCCGAGGACAGCUUCGACUUCGUGCACAUGCGCAGUUUGUCUGGGUGUGUGUCUGAUUGGCCGGAGCUGUAUAGGCAGUGCUACAAGCACAUCAAACCAGGCGGCUACCUCCAACACUGCGAAUUCGGCGUCAAAGUCAUCAACAACGAGCCCAGCCCACAAACCGCCCGCGCAGACGAGAUGUAUAAGUUGUUUACCGAGCUGGUGUUACAAACUGGUGAUAUGAUCAACAAAUCCUUCUCGGUGGACCAGAGAAUGCCUGAGCUGAUUAAGGAUGCCGGCUUCGUCGACAUAGUCGACAGCAAGCCCAUCUGGCCCAUCGGCGCCUGGAGCUCCGACGAGCGGCUCAAGGAAGUCGGCAAGUGGAACCAGCGCAGCUGGCUCGACGGGCUGGAAAGCUGGGUGUUGGCGCUCUUCACUCGACAACUAGGGUGGUCCGCCGCCCAAGUCCGCAACUGGGUCGAAGAAAUGCGCCGCGUCGUCCUCGACCGAAACUGCCAUUUCUACCACGAGGUGCGCUGUGUCGUCGCCCGCAAGCCGCUCGACGGCGAAGUCGUCCCCCCAGAACCCGCGCCAUCGGCGUCAUAA